GGAGGCCGACACGGAGCGCGGCCCACAGGCGAGGCGGCGCUAUGGCGAGCGGCUCAGGUGCAGACCUUAAAGCAGCAGUGGUUUGAAGAACCCUGUUAAUAGCGACUCUGAAUCAUGUAUUUGAUCCAAUUAUUGCUACUUUCCCCUGCUGGAUUUGGUUCUCCGCCUAAAAUAUUUAUCUUGCAGAGGCCAUGCAGCUAACUGUCUGAAGAAUUACCAUCAUGAAAUUGAUUUAUCCAUGCAUUACAACGCAGUUUUAUGAAAGCAGCUCAACGGAUUUCUGACAAGUUGAAUGCACAGAGGAGGAUUUUCAUACUCACUUUGGAUUGCUGCCAUCACUGUGACAUCCUGAUCACCAGACACCAUGUACUGCCUCCAGUGGUUACUGCCCGUUCUGCUUAUCCCAAAGCCCCUCAACCCUGCCUUGUGGUUCAGUCACUCAAUGUUCAUGGGCUUCUAUCUACUAAGUUUCCUGUUGGAGCGGAAACCUUGCACAAUCUGUGCCUUGGUCUUUUUGGCCGCCUUGUUCCUCAUCUGCUAUAGCUGCUGGGGGAACUGCUUCUUGUAUCAUUGCUCUGGCUCCCAGCUGCCGGACGCUGCUCACGAUCCCAGCAUAGUUGGCACCUAAAACCCUCCACUUGGUUGCAAGCUCCUCUUCCUUUUUCUUUCUUUUAAAAGAACAGUUCUAUGAGAAGGAAGGAUUGUAAGGCAUGUUGUUGGAGUACAAGCAGCCUAUUUGUAUGUCUGGAUUAAAGUGUUUCAUCCAUGAUCAGUUACCCUCCCACUAUCUGCCUGUAAAAUUUGACAAAAGCUGUCCAUGGUGAUAACUCUGGUGUUAACAUCUGUGUUGGGGUUUGAAGCCACGCAGUUCAUGGGGUGGGGAGUGGGAUUGGCUUGUGCUCUUGCCUUCUGUAUUGUCAGAAAUCGGUUCUUCUAGCUCUGAUCUGGUGGCGAAGACACCUGCUGAAUUUUUAAAUGUUGCGUGAUGCUGGAGUUGAAUUUGUCUGACCCCGUGUCCAGAUCGAGCUGUGGUUUGGCCUUCUCAAAUGCAUGGCCUCUGACUUUGAAGAGCCAGGAAGCCGCCUUUCCAUCUUGCUUUUGGUAAAGGUCUAGUCUUCAGUCACCUGGAACAUCUGAGGGAGAACUUACAAAUGGCUUAACAAGCAUGGAAGCUGCUCGAGCCAGAGGCUGUGAUUUACGUCUGCUAGCCAAACUGGAAUGUGUGCACUGCCAGAUUGUUUUCCUGAACUAUUUAUCUGCCUAGGUCGUAGCUCUAAAAUCCUAGAGUUGUCAUGAUGCCACUUCUACAGCACGGGCACAGAAGCUCGUCUUCCUCUACCCUACCUUUUCCCAGCCAAAUCUCUUCCCGCUCUUCCCAGCCAAAUAUCCAUGGUUUACAGAAGUCUUGAGUUGACAAGAAGCAUGCUGCGUUUUAAUGUUUGGGGAUCCCUUUUUUAGCAUUCCCUUUGUUAUUUUUAAGCUCUCCAUAUUUCUAGCUUGAAGAAGCAGAGUGCUGGCAGGGGGUAUUAAAUGUACUAGGCUUGCCAUGGGAGGUGGGUUUUGCUUUUGAAUACUGAAUUGGACCUGUCAUGUGAGUGACACUUGAUUCCCCUCUUUGAAGGGAAGAGUAUUAUUGUCUUGUCGCAAGCACAUGAGCUGCUGCAUACAUGCAUGGGAGGAAGGAAGCAAAAUAAGACUUCCCUCUUCUCAGCUCUUCUUCACCCCUGUCCCCCCACCCCAUUUUUUUGUGUUCUCCAUAAUGAUUCUGGAAAGCCCUUUGGAGCUUUCUGCAUCAUAGCUUUAUUGUUCCCGUUUGCUGUUUGUUCUCUUGCACAUCAGUAAUUUCCAGGGACUCUCUUGUUCUGCCUUCCCUAGCAAUCCUUUGCUUGUGUGAAAAAUGUAAACUUGUCCUUGGGGAGGGCUAGCACACGUUUUUUUUCCUGUAACUUUUUAAGGUUACCUUCUUGUUUGUUACCCACUAGUAUCCGCACAAUCUUCCCCUGGAGGAGCAUUGCUGGAAAGGCUUUUCUCUCCCACAGGAGCUGGAACUGAAAAAUCAAUUGUGAAACCUCCAGAGGUUUUUUUGGUUUUUUUGUUUGUUCAUUGCACAGCUGUUCAAAAAGUUUAAUAAAGCUUUAUAAACUUUG